GUAUCCACAGUGGAUGAAACUUGAUCUGUCAAAUGUGGAUGAAGCAUUAUCAACACCCUCCUCCUCCUCCGCCUCCGCCUCCGACCCCACCCGUUUGAUUUCCAUUCUCUCAAGUCACAACUUGAGCCCAAAACUUCUUCCAAGGCGGCUGAAUCAAUGUUGGGAAACAUUAAAGCAACAAUGAGCAGAGGACGGGGCUGCACUUUGAAGCCACUGUAACAAACAUUAGUAUGGUUUGUUUUGCUUCCAUGUGACUGAAACCUAAAGUCAAGGACUAUGAGCGACAACGACAUCUUCGAGAUGGACUCUCUGGCUGGGACGGAGGAGAUCCAGGAUACUGAGCUGGGCAUGAUAGACGAGGAUGUUGUAUAUCCCGAAGAGUUCUUACCAACCUAUCACAGUAUUAAAGAAGGAGCAAAAGUAGUGAAAGCACAACUGGUAGAGUAUAAUGACAAACCGGACUCCCUGUUCUUCAACGACGGCGAGAGGAGGAUCGACUUCAUCCUGGUUUACGAAGAUGAGGACAAGAAGGAAUUUGAGAAGAGGCACACGUUCCAGAGACGCAAAAGACGGCGAGAGUAUUUUGAGGCCAGCCUGAUGAAGAUGGGAAUGGAGCUGGAGGCAACACAAUCUGUGACCAAUGACAAGCUGAUGUUCGUCAAAGUCCACAUGCCGUGGGACGUGCUGUGCACCUACGCCGAGGUCCUGCACAUCAAGCUUCCAAUCCAGCCCAACGACCUCUCCUCACGUCCGUCCCCGUGGCGCUUUUUAUCCUACAUCACCAAGCCCUUCUACCCCAACGAGAACCUGAUCAAGAAAGAGGCCGAGUUCUUCACCGCCCCCUUUGAGAAGGACCGUUUGGAAUACUUCCACAUAAGGGACAAAGACAUGUUCUUCACUCCGGCCAUGAGGAGCAGGAUGGCAUAUUACAUCCUGAGUCGUGCCCCGUAUGAAAUACGAGGGAGCAUAAAGAAGUUUGGGAUCACCAAACUGUUGGAUUCUGGAGUGUACAAAGCUGCCUAUCCUCUCCAUGAUUGCAGGUUCAACGUCAAGUCCAAAGAACAGGACUGCCCCAACGAGAGGUAUCUGCUCUAUCAAGAAUGGGCUCAUCCCAAAAGCUUCUACAAGAUGCAACCACUUGACCUCAUAAGGAAGUAUUAUGGAGAGAAGAUCGGCAUUUACUUUGCCUGGUUGGGUUUCUACACGAUAAUGCUCGCUCUGGCUGCUGUUGUUGGACUGGGUUGUUUCAUUUACGGAUAUAAGACUCAAGAAACCAGCACCUGGAGCAAAGAGGUGUGCGACCCUGAAAUCGGAGGGAAAAUUGUGAUGUGUCCACAGUGUGACAGGGAAUGCAAAUACUGGAGGUUGAACAGCACCUGUGAGGCUUCCAAAAAACUUUGUAUCUUUGAUAACUUUGGAACCCUGGUGUUUGCUGUUUUCAUGGCAAUCUGGGUAACUUUGUUCCUGGAGUUUUGGAAGCGCUACCAGGCGGAGCUGGAGUACGAGUGGGACACUGUGGAGUUUCUGGAGCAAGAAGAGCCGCCUCGUCCCGAAUAUGAAGCCAAGUGUAUCUAUGAGAGGAAAAACCCAGUCACAGGGGUGAAAGAAAAAGUGCCCUAUACAACCUGUGGACGAUGUGUUCGAGUGUCGAUAGGAAUUGGGACAGUCUUAUUCUGGAUUAUGUUGAUCGUGGCGUCCAUCGUGGCCAUCACUAUCUAUCGGCUGGCUGCUUUUUUUGCCUUCUCAGCUCGACUCAGAGCUCAGGACCUGAAGGAGCUGGAACCUUUAAAGGAGUAUGUGACGCCCCAGAUGGCCACUUCUGUCACAGCCUCCCUCAUCAGCUUUGUUGUAAUUAUGAUCCUCAAUCUUCUCUAUGAGCGCUUCGCCAUCUGGAUCACCGACUUCGAGCUUCCGCGGACGAAGACGGACUACGAGAACAGCUUGACUCUGAAGAUGUUCCUCUUUCAGUUCGUCAACUAUUACUCCUCCUGUUUCUACAUCGCCUUCGCUAAAGGGAAAGCGGUUGGCUUUCCUGGAGAUCCUGUUUAUCUCAUGGGAAAAUACCGUAAUGAGGAGUGUGAUCCUGGUGGUUGUCUAAUUGAGCUGACGACUCAGCUUUCUGUCAUCAUGGGUGGAAAAGCCAUCUGGAACAACAUACAAGAGGUCUUGCUACCGUGGCUGAAGAAUAUGCUCUCCCGCUACUGCACCCGUGUGGCCUCAGAGAAGGUGAUUCCUCGCUGGGAACAGGACUACCAGCUCCAGCCUGUUUCAAAACUAGGACUCUUCUAUGAAUAUCUGGAGAUGGUGAUCCAGUUUGGUUUUGUGACCCUGUUCGUGGCGUCCUUCCCUCUGGCUCCGAUCCUGGCUCUGGUCAACAAUCUGUUUGAGAUCCGUGUCGAUGCUUGGAAAAUGACCACUCAGUUUCGCCGCAUCAUGCCAGAAAAGGCUCAGCAUAUAGGCGCAUGGCAGCCCAUUCUUCAAGGCAUCGCUAUAUUAGCUGUGGCGACAAAUGCCAUGAUCAUUGCUUUUACAUCAGACAUGAUUCCACGGUUGGUCUACUACUGGUCUUUCUCGGUGUACCCGUAUGGAGAUCACGUUAAUAACACCAUGCAGGGCUACAUCAACAGCUCGCUGUCUAUAUUCAACACCAAUGACUUCUCCAACUAUAGCAGGCCAAUAGGCAAAAUACCCAACAUCACCACCUGCAGGUAUCGAGAUUUUCGGUAUCCUCCCGGGCACCCCAAGCAGUACGAGUACAAUAUCUACUACUGGCAUGUGAUCGCCGCCAAAAUGGCUUUCAUAAUUGUUGUGGAGCACAUUGUUUACCUUACAAAGUUCAUCCUGUCCUACGUGAUCCCAGACGUCCCGUACGCCGUCAAAGAACAGAUUAAACGAGAGAAAUACUUGACCCAGGUUAUCCUUCAUGAGACCAACCUCAAGCUGGUGAGCAAGCGUUUGAUACCAGGCAAGGACGAGAUCGUUAAGGAAACUUUAGAGAACAUGGAGGAGAUGGAACUUGAUUUCGACUAGUAGAAGAUAAAUGUAUGAAAGAAGAGAUGUUCAUGCCCGAUACUGUACAUACACCACCUACCCACAUGUCUUUAAAUACUGAACGACACCGUGUGAACCAUGUGAUAGCAUAGAAAAUAUGUAAGAAAGAAGACGUCUGAAGUUUCCUACGUGGUUGUUGGACAAACAAAGGACAGCAGAGUGUAAAAGGAAAAAGAACAGUGCAUCUGUCGUCUGUCACCUCUGAAAGUGAAACUAUGAAUGUCACUCACACUAAAUAACACCAAUCUUUCGGUGAAGUUCACUUACUAGUUUUUGGAUAUCAUAUCAGCGGACGAGAAUAUGAUGGAGAUGGGUCACUUGUAGCACUUGUAGGAUACCUCAACAUUGUUUGAGCUAAAACACAAGAUACAAUACAUGUAUUAUCAGAACCCUUUUACCUAAAGCAUCUUUCAGUUUUAUGACGACAUUAGGUUUUAGUUUAGUCUCACUCCGUCCAUUGUGCUACAUGCUGCAGUGCUCAAAACGAGUUCCACUGCUGGGUUUAAAUUGAAUGCUUCCCUGAAAUAUCAGUGUUAUUAUUAUUAUUCACCAAAUUUGCACCACUUUUAAAUGCAAUGUUGUUGUUACUCUCCUGUCUCUGUUACUAGAACUAAAGAGCUGUAGUGACGUGUCAAACAUCUCUCAGUGUUACACAAGAGAUGAGAUACUGUAGCAGUAGUUACUACUCUGACUAAAUGUGCCUUUAUUUCCAUAAGCUGAAUGUGACUUUCUUCGGGGGUGGAUUCAGUUUCAGUGCGGCCAAACCAGGAACUAACUGGAGCUGAUGCCAUGUAAAAGUCUGACGUAUACGAGUUUACAAACCACUAGAAUGUUUUUAAUCUUUCAUACACCGUAUAGCCUAUAUUUUAAUGAAUCAAAUGAAUCAGCCUUGAGAAGUAUCUGAUGGUGUGAGUAUGCCUCUCUCUCUAUGCAUGCACCCACAUCCACUGAACUGUUUUGCACUUACAGAGUUCGAGUCCUGUGCCAUGACCACUGCACUGCACGACAUUUUGACUGCAUGUUAGAUCCUGUGAUAAAAGCGAUACAGUAAUUAAAUCUUCUCCUGUGGCAUUGCUGAAAUAUUAGAUCAGGACCUCUGCUGUAUUCUUGCCUCCUCGUCUUGUGAUUUAAACAAGUGGUACUAUAACUACCAUGUUUGUAAACAGUAUCAUAUCAAUACCUGACAAUCUGUCUUGUCUUAUUGUUUUAUACAGAACCAUAAAUAUGUUUCAUAUAAAAGUUUCCUUCCUGUACUUCAAAGAUUUAGAUUAAAAAAAAUGUUUCCACCAA